UACGAUGAUAUGAUCAUGUGGUUACAUUUUUUUUCAUUUAAAUAACAUUAAAAACAAUCAGGGAAGCAUAGAAAAACGAAUAUGCUCUAUUACAAAUAAUAAUAUAUAUUUAUAUAUAUAUAUAUAUAUUAUUUGACUCGUCACUGACUCACUGCGUUCUGCGCAAUAGCCAGUUUUUGGCGGCCUGCCAGAAGCUAGCUUGUGUUUCAUGCUAGUUAACAACUUGUGUUUACUGUACACACGGACUUAAAAAUAGAUCGAUUUCUUAUCAAACAAUCCCGCGCACAAAAUGAACAGCAACAAAGCAAUGUGACAGUGACAAAAGAGGAUCUGGUAAAGAGCUGCUUUAACUGUGUAGUCCGCGCCGCAGUCAUUAAGAAUCGGAUCCCUGUUCAUUCGGUACAACCCGAAGACAAGCAUACAGAAUGAGGACAUCGCUUUUCAUCGUCGUUGUAAUGAUGUGGCAGUGUGAUUGUUUGCGUUUUGUCUGUCCUGAGAUAUGCCGGUGCUCCAUCAAGUCCAUCAGCUGCACCAGCGCGACUGAAGCCACGGCGCAGAAGCAGCGCGGCGCGUUCAGCAGACUUGUUCUGAACUAUAUCCACUUGAGGACAAUUCCCAGUUUUAGCUUCGAUGGACUGCGAGGUGUCAAAAGAAUAGAAAUUGCUCAAAGUGUCACACUGGAAACCAUAGAGACCCAGGCCUUCAACAACCUCUUCAACCUCUCAGAGAUAUCUAUCCAAAAUACCCGGAGUCUGGUCCAUAUCCAGCAGCGGGCCUUCAACAAUCUGCCAAAACUGAGAUACCUAAGCAUCUCCAACACCGGGAUAGUUACUUUUCCUGACCUGACCGCCAUCACAUCCCUUGAAGCUGAUUUCAUGCUAGAUAUCUGUGACAACCUCCACUUGCAGUCAAUCCCAUCAAAUGCCUUUAUUGGAAUGACAACUGAAGACAUAACAAUGAAUCUGUAUAACAAUGGCUUCAGGGAAAUACACAAACAUGCCUUUAAUGGGACACAAAUAGAUAAACUAACCUUGAAAAACAACCGCAAGCUGCAAAUAAUCCACAGGGAUGCUUUUAUAGGAGCUUCUGGCCCAGCUGUAUUAGACGUGUCCUCUACUGCUCUGGAGACGCUGCCAUCUCAUGGCCUGCAGUCCGUGUUGAUGCUGGUAGCUCGCUCAGCGUUUUUGCUAAAGAGACUGCCUCCUCUAAACAGUUUGGAAAGCCUAAGAGAGGCUCAUCUCACUUACCCGAGCCAUUGCUGUGCUUUACUCAGCUGGGACACACACAGGGAGUCUCCAUCUACAGCACAGAGAAAUGGAUCUUCAUACUGCGAACCUCAGAGUCCAUUAGAUAAGGGGUCUGAAAAAGAGGCUUUUUAUCCUGACAUGCUGGAUCCACUAUCUGAAGCCAGCUAUAGCAACAUGGAUUUUGAGUACCCGGAUUUCUGUCAAACCAAACCAGCCCUCCAGUGCAGCCCAGAGGCAGAUGCCUUCAACCCCUGUGAGGAUAUUGCUGGGUUUGGGUUCCUCCGUGUGGCCAUCUGGUUCAUCAACAUCCUGGCAAUUGCUGGCAACCUAACUGUUCUUCUAGUGUUAUUCGCCAGCCGCUGCAAACUCACGGUACCACGCUUCCUCAUGUGUCACUUGGCCUUCGCUGACUUCUGCAUUGGUGUGUACCUCCUCAUGAUUGCCAUUGUGGAUCUGCGGACGCGCGGCUACUAUAGCCAGCAUGCCAUCGAAUGGCAGACAGGAGUGGGCUGUAACAUUGCUGGUUUCUUGUCUGUCUUUGGCGGAGAACUGUCCAUCUACACACUGUCUACGAUUACGAUAGAACGUUGGUACACCAUCACCCAUGCCAUGCAGCUGGAGCGCCGACUUGCUCUGCCCCAUGCUGCUGCAAUAAUGGCUGCAGGCUGGCUGCUCUGCCUGGGCAUGGCACUACUUCCAAUUGUUGGCAUAAGCAGUUACAGCAAAGUAAGCAUGUGUCUGCCCAUGGACAUUGAAACACCUCUAGCACAGGCUUAUGUCAUUCUUCUGCUGCUUUUCAAUGUUGGGGCUUUUCUGGUGAUUUGUGGUUGCUACAUGCGGAUCUACAUGGUUGUCCGCCACCCCGAAGUGCCCGGCCGUGCUGCCGAUACCAAAAUCGCCAAGCGCAUGGCCGUGCUGAUCUUCACUGAUUUUCUUUGCAUGGCGCCAAUCUCUUUCUUUGCCAUCUCAGCUGCCUUUAAGGUGCCUCUAAUCACAGUCACCAACUCCAAGAUCCUGCUGGUGCUCUUCUAUCCGAUCAACUCCUGUGCCAACCCGUUCCUCUAUGCCAUAUUCACCAAGGCCUUCAGGAAAGAUACCUGCAUUCUGCUAAGCUCCAUGGGCUGCUGUGAGAGCAAAGCCAACAUGUACCGCAUGAAGACCUACUGCUCCGAGAACACUGCAAAAAUGACGAGCUCCUCAGUUGCCAAGGGCCCUCAAGCUGCUAUGUGGUUGUCAGGCUUUCCUCAUCAAAAGUGCCAGCUUCAAACAGACAGGUUACAGAAAGAUAGCUGUGGAGAACAUCUCACAUAACAUUCCCAUUCCCAGAGAACAUUCCCAUCUCUGUGCAGUGUUGUAUGGUGUAUUAUGUUAGCCGUGUCCCUUCAGAGUAUUUGAUUCUCACUCCGGUUGGAGAAGAGAGAGUCUAUGAGAAGAAAAUAUAUGACUGUUAUUUUAUCUAACAUAAAAAGGGUUUUUUUUUUUUGUUCUGAAAAAGUGUGAUUUGUCCCAGGAGAAACAACUUUGUUAUUCUGAAUUUAUUCAUACCCUUGGCAGAGAGGUAGACAAGAGAAACUGAUAGUCUCAGACAGCCAGGAUUGGUAAAGAAAAAGGAGAAAACUGAUUUGUCCUCAAUUUGUCCUUUCCAUCCAUUUUUACACUUUUUACCUGUGAAGUGAUCAUUGCCUACUUCUCUGUCAUAAGUAGGAACAUCACAGACUGGACUCCGAACACCCUGAAUACAUCCUUUCCUUCCAUUGUUAAUAUGUUGUUUAUAAGUCGGUUGUUAGUAUUUUUGUCAGACAUAUUAGAUUUGAUAUAAUUUCUUGUUUUUUUUUUACUGUAAAGUUGCCCACAUCUUCCAGCAUCUCUCCUUAUCUCUGAUAGAACAACAUAGUCUACAUCAUUGUCAAAGAGGUCAGAGGGAAAUGACUGCUUGUUCCGCAGCUAACCUUGUUUUAUAAACACUUGGGACAGCUUUACGAUUCCAACAUGGUGAGUGGAAAAUGAACAGUUUCCUAGGAGAAAGAGAAAGAAUACUGCGGACAAUAAAUGAACUCCGGAUUUUCGAAAGAACAGAUAGUCAUACUUCAGUUGCUGAAAAUUUGAGCUUGAUCUGACCAAGUAAUAACUACUCUUUAGUAGCAACUAAAACAGAAGUUGAGCUGAUGCGUCUGGUAAGAUGUUAAGUUAUUUUUUACUUUUCUUAAUACUUGUCUAAAUGGAUAAAUAUAUCUUUGACAUUUCUUUGCCUUGCUAUUGUUGUUAUUUUCUUAAAAAAUAACUUCACAAUGUAGUAUUAAGAGCAUUUACUGGGUGCCUAAUAAGAGUCUACCAGCUUGACCAUCUCAGUCUCAGUUUCCUCACAGCUGGUCAGACUGAGGUUUUUUUUUGCUUGUUUGUUUUUUCAAAAGAUUUCACAUUUCCUCUCAUGUGACAGAGUAUUGUAGCUGAGCAACAAACUAAAUCAGUUCAUUAAAUUAACAGACUUUACACAAUGCUGUUUUGAAUAACUAACCUUCUGAAAUUUAAUGACAGUUUGAACACAUCCACAAAGUCCUAGAUAUUUUCCUCUUGCCAUCUUGUUCUAAAAAUCAAGGUCAGUUUGAAUGCAGUUAGUAUUUGUAAUGUUAGAUGUUUUGGUUUCAGAUUUUUUGGACACCUUGUGUAAAUGUAGUUAACUGCAUGUUCCUGAACACACUCCGUAAUAGUACCUGUUUAAAAUAACUAAAGUAAAUGAAUAAAGGACGUUAGGCUCCAACAGAAAAAGAAAAGAAAAACCCACAACACAUGGUUGUUGACAAACUGACAGUUUUGUUGCUGUGUUCCAAAAUCAAGGUCAGCUUGGUCUGGUCACUAUUUUGCCUCAGUGCUACAAUGCUAACUGCUUGAUUGUAUCAUGCAGGACUCCAGUCU